AUGUUUAUUACGAAUUCGGUUUUAGCGAUUGUGUUAUUUAGUAUAUUUUGUAGUGUAUUAACAAAAAAUGUAGAUGUGAGAAAUCCAAGUCUCAAGGAACGAUCGGUUGAUAGAAAUAAUUAUAAAUACAAUCACCCACCUUCAUUUGACAGCUAUGAAGUGGUACCGGAAAAACAAAAUGGGAAACUGGUAAAGGUGCGUGAAGAGAAGUCGGUUAAAUUUGACAAUUCUGAUAUAAAGGCAGUUCCCGUUACUGUCAUAUAUGAUGCUCCAAUAGAUAGAGAACGUACUCAGGAGAAUGAAAAUAAUAGUUCAGUAUCGAAUGGGAAAAGGCGUAAGGUAAGAAGACGCCAGCAACUUGUGAAAAAAGGAGUCACAGAAUCUGAGGUAAAACCAAUUGAUAUUCAAUAUACUAAAAGAAAUGAAGAAUCUGUGACGACUACAGAAAGAACUUUUAGUACUCCUCCAACUCGAAGCACAAUAGUGCCAAAAACCUUCACUAAGAGACCUGCUGAAUUUAACCCAAUACCACAAAAACCCCGAAGGCAACAUGACCCUGUUGUAAAAAUUGUAGAUGAGAAAAAUUACGUUUUUUCACACAGUGGCAGCUUUCACUACAGUUAUGAGGGUGGCGAUGGUACAAAAAUUUCCAGCCAAGGGGAAUUGAGAAAUUUUAGUAACGAUGCUACGGGUGAAGCCGUCAGCGGCAGUGUAUUCUAUAAAGAUAACGAAGGCAAUGAUGUUAAUCUGUCAUACACAGCCGAUGAAAAUGGUUACCGGCCACAUGGCGCUCAUCUGCCAACUCCACCACCUAUUCCAAGAGCAAUUGCACGAGCCCUUGCAUAUCUUGCUACAAAAACAACACCGGCACCUGUGACUGAAGCCAUUGAUUUGAUUAAAAGUUAA